UUCAGUGUCACGAGUCGGUUUAUCAACCGGCUCUUCGGUCAGUUCCACAGUUCCAUAGCGUAUGGCACUCUAUUUCCCGGUUCAGUGUCACGAGUCGGUUUUAUUAACCGGCUCUUCGGUCAGUUCGUCAACACCAGUCGCUUCACGUGACGUCGCAUUUCGCUGAAAACACACUCGUGACUUCUCUCUUCGUAUAUACUGUCUCUGUUUUUUUCUGCGUGAAAAGUUUACCAGAGCAGAAUGGCCGCCGUGCGAGCAGCAAAGCAAGCUCUGAGGAAAGAAAUAAAGCGACGGGUCGCAGCGUUGAGUGACGAGGAGAAACAACGACAGUCUCGCGUGCUGUCCCGGCAGCUGUUCAGCCACCCCAACUAUGUGUCAUGUAAGAGGAUUGCGGUGUUUCUCAGCACGGGGGAUGAGGUGAGCACUGAGGAAAUCAUCAAAGACGUGUUUAAAUGUGGUAAAAGCUGCUUCAUUCCCAGAUAUCAGAGCAGCAGCAACCAUAUGGACAUGUUGAAGCUCAACAGUCUGCAGGACAUCGAGACUCUGCCUCUGACGUCAUGGAACAUCAGACAGCCUCCUGAAGAUGACAUCAGCAGAGAGGAAGCACUUUCUACAGGAGGUCUGGACCUGAUCUUGAUGCCAGGCCUGGGUUUUGACAAGUCGGGGAAGCGUCUGGGACGGGGGAAGGGCUAUUAUGACACCUACUUGGAGCGCUGCAUCAGACACCCAAAAGGAAAGCCCUACACCAUCGCCUUAUCCUUCAAGGAGCAGCUGUGUCGGGAAAUCCCAGUCGACGACAAUGAUGUGCUCAUAGAUGAAGUCCUGUAUGAGAAGGAGGAGUAAUCAGUCAUCAGUGGUGGUCCGUGAACUCAGUUUUGGGUUCUA